CAAAUGCUAAUUAUGGCAGAAGCUUUUGCUUUACAUUAGCACCACCAUUCACUCCAAAAUGCUUCUCUCUCAUCAUCUGCUUCUAGGGUUUUCCCAUUUCCCAACUGAUUUUUGUGCCUAAUUUCAUGGCUGAUUUGCUCAAUCAAUCUUGAAAAAUCAUGGGUCAGUGCCAAAAUCAGCUACAAAAAGGAAGAAAGUGAACAAGAAGAAGAUCAGAUUCAGCAGCUGCAGUGUUGUUUUCUUCUGAUAUAAGAGAGUUAGAAACCCUUGUUUUUUCAUUCCACAAAUCUUAAUUUCCACGAAAAGAUCUUCCACUGUUUGAUGUUGUAAGAAAGGAAUACUUAAUCAACCAAAAAAGGGAAUGGCCUCUUCAAGCAGCAGCAGCAGCUACUCAAACCCUCCCUGCGCCGCCUGCAAAUUCCUCCGCCGGAAAUGCCUCUCCGGCUGCAUCUUUGCCCCGUACUUCCCGCCCGAGGAGCCGACCAAAUUCGCCAACGUGCACAAGAUCUUCGGCGCCAGCAACGUGAGCAAGCUGCUCAACGAGAUCCUCCCCCAGCAGCGGGAGGACGCGGUGAACUCCCUCGCGUACGAGGCCGAGGCCCGGCUCAAGGACCCCGUCUACGGCUGCGUUGGCGCCAUCUCCGUUCUGCAGCGGCAGGUGCUGCAGCUGCAGAAGGAGCUCGACGCCACCAACGCGGAUUUGAUGCGUUACACGAAUAACGAGAUGGGAGCGUAUAACCCGAGGCGGGUGGGUUAUGGAUCCGGAGUCGGGUCGUAUAACCCGAAUCCGGGUUAUUAUUCUUAUGGUGAAAACCCUGGACAUGGCAACAAUUGAUUGGAUCUUGAUUUUGAUACAUGUGUGUGUUUGUGUGUGUGAAUAUAUAUAUGUAUAAUUGCAUUGGUGCUUGAGUUAUAUAUGUUUUUGGAUUGGUGAUCUAGGUCUUGUAUUUGAGGUCACUAUGUAUGAUUUUGUUGCCUUAUAUAUUGAUUUGUGGGAA